AUGAAACAUAAGGUUAAGGUAAAAAAUGGAAAGAAAAAAAAUACAGUCCAAGAUGAAGAAUAUUUAAGUAGGGAAAUCGAAAAAGAAGGCAGACUAAAGAGCGAGCAAAUGAGUGAACAAAUGAGUGAACAAAUGAGUGAACAAAAGAGCGAACCAAAGAGCGAACCAAAGAGCGAAAGAAAAAACGAACUAGUGAACGAACGAAAAAAUCAAGUUAAACUGCAAGACGAAAGAAGCAAAGAAGCAAGUGAUCCGAAAAGCAGUGAAGAAAAGAACCAAAGAAUACCUUGCGGAUUGUCAUUACCCAAGUCAAACACUAGUUGCACGCAAUCAAAACAUAAUUUAGGCCAACUACUCGGCAUGUAUUGUUCCAGUGAUGAAGAAAACGAAGGAAAAUCUAAUCAAGGAAAUUCUAGUGAAAGAAAUUCCGAAGAAAACAAUUCCGAAGAAAACAAUUCUGAAGAAAACUAUUCCGAAGAAAAAAAAUCUAAAGAAAAAAAAUCUAAAGAAAACAAUUCUGAUCAAGGCAAUGAUAUAAUACACGAUAACAAGAAUCAUAGUCAUUGGUAUAAAAAAGCUAAAGACAAUAAAUAUAAUCAUCAACAAGUCAAAGAAAAAAAUGAGAACAAAAAUAAAAAGGGAAAGGAACUUGUACAAAAUAUUAAUAAGGAAGAAGCAGAAAAGGCUGAAAUGAGGAAUAAUUACAGCGAAAUAUUAAGCAAGGACUCCAGUAGCGAUCAAUAUGAUGCAUAUACCGAAAAUUGUAUCAACAGAAAUGACCUUACAGGUAAUGAGAAGAAUCAAAAAUUGAAGCGUAUCAACAUAAAUGCGAAUAACUCAUUACACAAAAUAUAUAAACAAAAUUAUAAUGAUAUAAAAAAAGAACAUUCACGUUCUAAUGAAACUAAAAUUGUAACUGGCAAUGUGGAUAGUACUUAUGAGAAUUAUCAACUUAAUACAUGUCAAAAUAAUAGUAAUUAUUUCCCAAGUUUUAAUUAUUAUAAUGCGGGUAGUUGUAAUAUGAGUAGCAACCCAUACGACUAUAGUGUGAGCAAUAUGUAUAAUUCCAACAUGAAAAACCCGCACAGUUAUAGUUCGAACAACCCACACAACUAUAAUGCAAAGAAUAACAUAAAUGUAAAAAAAAAGUCUGAAAAAUUCAACUGUUUAGGGUUUUCAAAAAACAAAGAGAUGAAUGUGGAUUUAGCAAAUAUUCCAGUAGUAGAUCAAAGGGAAAUUUUAAGUGACUGGAAACCGAAUAUCAUACAAGAGGAAAAAAAAAAUCAAAAGUAUAAUAUAAAAACAAAGGUUUAUAAUGCCGCUAAUAAUACAUUUGAUAAAGUUAUUAUUCAUGGGAAAAAUCAGAAACGAAAACAUCAAAUAAAUUGGCUAGCUAAAGAAGCAGUUGAAAAAGAAUAUGAAAUUUUGCAGAAAACAAACUGUACUAAAAGGAGAACAGCUAACGACAAAUAUGGGUGGUAA